UCACAUCACUGUUUAACCAAAAGCCUUGAACAUACUGAAUAAGGUCGAGCUAGAUGGAGAUCUCUCGAAAUACUCCAUGGACUAUAUGAAGGCUAGAGAGAGAAUCUAUAUUAUUUAAGACGAUGUUUAUUAUAGUUAAAUACGGGAACAACGAGGAGUUGAUCUGCAACCCGAGCUGUGCCGUAGUGAACCUGCUCAACAACAUUAAGAAACGGACAGGCUUCGGUAACACUCCAGUUAGCCUGGACUUGUCCGACGAAACAGGUUUGAUAAAGGAGUUGGAUGCACACAAGCACGAUUAUGCAACCAAAUAUCUGGUCUCCCACAACACUUACAUCCUAGUGGAGAAACAGAUGCUCCCACCAGACGAUGACAACUACAACGGGGACGGCGACUCCUCCUCUCCUUUACCAGGAAAAUACCAAUAUAUACCACUCCUGGAAAAACACAAUGAGAUUUUCCCGAACUUGAAACUUCACGUGGCUGAAGUACAGAAGAAGAGGAAGAUGCGAGCGACCAGUAAAUCCCCAAGUCCCGCCGGCCGGGUCACCCUUAGCUCCAAGUCCAAGAAGAAGCCGAGUCAGUCGAAAAUUGCCAAGAAAUGAGGCGGUGUCCUUCUUUCUAAAUGUAUUAUUAUUAUUAUGAAUGUUCUAGUAUAAUUGUGAUAUCUGUGAUAAAGAUUAGCGUGUGAGAGUUUGAUGUAGGAAGUAGGGAAAUGUUUAGAUUACUAAAAAGACGUAGGCUACAGAUUGGGUAGUUGUGAAUAGAAAACUGUGAAGGAAUUUCCAACCUUGAAAGGUGAAAAGUAAAACGCCAUUUAUUUCGUAUACUUGUAUUGUUUGACAAAAGUAAUCUUAAGGUGGAUGGAGAUGGCUGUGCACGUUAAGAAGAAGAGAGAACGUUAUGGUUUUUGGGACUUAACUAUUACGCAUGAAACCAGGGGAAAACAUCAACGAUCUUACCAAUAACAUAACUGCAAUAGCCUAAGCAGGACAGGAUACGAUCAAAUAUAUUUAGUAUCCUAACAUUGUUUCACAAAAGUAAUAAUUACUAAUAUUUAGGUGGAUCGAGAUGGGUGUGUUCGUAAAGAAGAAGAAAAAGCGCUGUCGCUUUUAGUUCCUUACCAUACAAUGUACAACCAGGGAAAGCUCAACGACCUUACAUAACUGCGCUAGCCUACGCAGGACAAAGGCAGGUUGUAUGUUGUUACGCAUUUAAAGGAGAAAAAAAACUAGACGCAGAAUCUGAUAAAUAUUGUGAGCAUACACGAAAAUGUCUCGCCCUGAGUUAUAAACUGUUGACCAUGGAAUUCCACCACCAGAGCUAAUUAAUGGAGAUGAUAAACGUUCUUUGCUGGUGUUGGGGAGAAAACUAAGCCAUUGACACUAAAUCUCGGUGCGAUCAGUCUGUCGACUACUAUAACGGCAGCCAGCAAUUAUUAAUGUGUUUUCAAAAUCGAUCUGUCUGCAAACUAUAUCAGCGGCUAAUCCUGCGAGGUGCCGGCGUUCUAUCACAUUUUCCCGUGCGCGAAAUAUCGACCGGUGCAUUGUGAACCGUUUUCCGUUUUUUCUUCUUUACAGCCAUUCAAUUUACCAUGACAACGGACAAACACAUUAAUAUGUUGAAUGUACACUCGUAGACUAACAAUGCAGGGUGAUUAAGUAUCCAAGUUCUGGGCCAAACGAUGGAAAAGAGUAUAAUUUUUUUAGUUUGUUCAUCUAGGAAUUUCAGUCUCGAGGCAGUUUAUAUAAUAGAAACUUCAAUCAUGUUAUUUGUAUACUUGCAUUCGAAAAGGUUAAGAAUAUUUUUUAACCCAGGUGUUCGAUUCGGGGGCCAUUUAUUCCCAUAUCAGUAUAUACCCACUGUGAGUCUCUUGAAAAUGAUUUUAUGCUCACACAACUAAUGAAAAGAUGGUCGAUUCAUGGCACCCCGGAUUAUUCAACCAGCGCUUUGACUGUAGAAUAUUAGAAUUUUAACAGGGUUUUUAUGUCCACUGACUGGUUCAGGUGCAUGUUGUUUCCCCUAUUAUACUAGAAUAUCAUAGUUUAUUAAAUAAAACUUAAGAAAACUGAACUGUAUUCGUUCAUUAUUUCAUCGCACAAACUAAAAUUUUAAUGCUUGGAUCACAUCUAUAUCCAUGCUGAAAGUGCACGUUUCACAUCUUGUACUUAUUAGUUGGUUUUUACAUAACCAAACUGAUUUUAUAUUGAUUGUGACACUUUAAGUCCAGUGUUGACAACUGCAUUAAUAAUAAUAAAUUGAUCUAAAUAAAUAAAUGAAAUAUAAAUAAAUAAAUAAAAUAAAUUUU